AUGGACCACGACGAUUUCGCCAAUAUUGAAUGGCAGAACAGUCAACGAGGGCAUUCACGAAGUGAUGAUGAAAGCGAAGGUCCUGAUAUUGAUAGAAACGAUGGUGAAACUCAAGCUGGAUCCCAUGCGGAUGCUAUGGAUCUAGCAGGCGUGGGGGGAGGUGUUCUCGAGUGUACAGUUGGAUCACCUAUUAAGGAGAAUGAUGGAACGAAAGAUGCAUACGUAUCAUAUCUUGUUACUACGCAUACUACAUUUCCCUCUUUCCAAAAACCUACGACUUCUGUCCGAAGACGAUUUACGGAUUUUGUAUUUUUAUACAACACGCUCUUUAAAGAAUAUCCAGCAUGUGCUGUUCCUCCUCUACCAGAUAAGCAUAAGAUGGAAUAUGUCCGAGGCGAUCGAUUCAGUGUCGAUUUCACCCAGAGACGCGCCAACUCACUAGGACGUUUCCUUACCCGUCUCACUCUUCAUCCUGUUCUUCGUCGCAGCGCCAUUUUGAUAAUCUUCUUGGAGAGUUCGGACUGGAAUGCGACGAUGAAGUCUCGCCCAUCGCGAGGCGCUUCUCGAGACGAACAGGCUGCGGGAGUAUUUGAUAAUUUUGCGGACACAUUCAUAAAUGCCUUUACCAAAGUCCAUAAACCCGAUCAACGCUUCAUAGAAGUCAAAGGAAAAUCCGACAAAUUGGACGAGGACCUGGGGCAUAUCGAAAAAAUCGUCGCUCGGGUAGCUCGCCGUGAAGGUGAUUUGGAGACGGAUUACAAAGAGCUAGCAGAACAAUUUCAACGUCUAAUCAAUCUUGAGCCCGGAAUCGAGCCCAACAUUCAUGCAUUCAGUGCGAGUGUGGAGGAUACGAGUGCGGGAAUCAAGACAUUGAAGGAUCAUACGGACCAAAAUUAUCUAGGUAGUUUGAGGGAUAUGCAAGCUUACAGCACGGCGGUUAAGAAUUUAUUGAAAGCUCGCGAACAGAAACAACUUGAUUUUGAACAAUUGACCGAAUAUCUUACCAAAUCCACCAACGAUCGAGAUCAACUAGCCUCGUCCCAUGGCUCUGGCGCUCUGACUGGAGCAGGAGGGUUUAUCCGCUCUAAAAUUGAAGAUGUGCGGGGAGUGGACCAUGAACAAUCUCGCAGAGAGAGGCUAAGGAGAUUAGAAUUGAGGAUAGAAGAAUUGACGAAGGGAGUCGAAGAAGCGAAGAAAACGACGGAAGCGUUUGAUGAGGAAGUAGUAAGGGAAGUUGCGGAUUUUGAGAGAAUUAAGAGGGUAGAAUUUAGGAGUCAGUUGGGUGCAUUGGCAGAUGCGCAUAGGGACUUUUAUGAGGGCGUAGGGAAGAUAUGGGAAGGCUAUGUUAGGGAAAUGGGCGGCGAGGUGGUGGCGAGUGGAGUAGAAGCUUAA